CAGUACUUUCAUUGCAACGGAUUAGCUUUCAAUUCACCUUUUCUGGAGACAAAAAAGUUUAGAAGUUAGGAGUUGAGAAGCCGUGCUGUCUUUUUUGUCUUAGAAACCAGACAAGUGUGUGAUGGAUUUAGAAGAAUAUCGAAUUCAUGGAAAAUUGAUGAUCGACUACAUUGUGAAUUACUUGGAAAACAUUCGCUCUCGUCGGGUUUUUCCGGAUGUCAAGCCUGGAUACAUGAAAAAUCUUCUACCAGACUCAGCUCCAGAAGAAGGAGAAAAUUUUGCCAAUAUUUUCAAAGAUAUAGAAAAAGUUAUAAUGCCCGGAGUAACGCAUUGGCAAAGUCCUCAGAUGCAUGCCUAUUUCCCAGCCUUGAACAGCCCCGCAUCGCUUUUGGGGGACAUGUUAGCCGACGGUCUCGGAUGUCUGGCCUUUACUUGGGCAUCCAGUCCUGCAUGCACAGAACUGGAAAUUGUUGUGAUGGAUUGGCUUGCCAGGAUGAUUGGACUGCCUGAUUGCUUCUUACAUUCUACUUCCAAAGGAAAAGGAGGGGGUGUCAUUCAGACAACAGCAAGUGAGUCCACUUUAAUCGGGCUUCUGGCUGCUCGUACUCAGAUGUUUCAAAACUUUCGGGAAAAAUAUGAGCAUAUAGAUGAAGCAGACCUCAACACCAGACUCGUAGCCUACACAUCGGACCAGGCCCAUUCCUCUGUUGAAAAAGCGGGACUCAUUGGUCUGGUGAAGAUGCGUUACAUAGAAAGCGAUUCUGAACUUAGCCUCCGAGGAGAUAAACUGGAGGAAGCAAUUAUUCGUGAUAAAGAAAAAGGUCUCAUUCCGUUUUUCGUCUGUGCAACUCUCGGAACAACUGGUGCUUGUGCUUUCGACAACCUCAAAGAAAUUGGCGUUAUUUGCGAGCAGGAAAAGUUGUGGUUGCACGUUGAUGCGGCUUAUGCUGGUAGUGCGUUUAUUUGUCCCGAAUUCCGGCAUUGGCUGGAUGGUAUCGAGCAUGCAGAAUCCAUCGCAUUCAAUCCUUCGAAGUGGCUGAUGGUGCACUUCGAUUGCACUGCUAUGUGGGUCAAAAACAGUGGCCGACUUCAUAGAACAUUCAAUGUUGACCCUCUUUAUCUGAAGCAUGAAAACACUGGUCUUGCAGUAGAUUUUACACACUGGCAAAUUUCUCUCAGUAAACGCUUUCGAGCGCUCAAGCUCUGGUUUGUUCUCAGGAACUAUGGAGUGAAAGGCUUACAGAAGCACAUUCGCCAUGGCGUCAGUUUGGCUGCGGAGUUUGAAUCACUGGUUCGGGCGGAUGACCGAUUUGAAGUUCCAGCUAAGCGACAUCUUGGUCUCGUCGUGUUUAGAAUUAAAGGCCAAAAUGAACUGACAGAGACACUUUUGAAGAAAAUCAAUUCGAGUGGUAGACUGCACUGCGUUCCUUCCUCCCUCAAGAGUAAGUACGUGAUUCGUUUCACGGUAACUUCACCCCGGACAACCUACAAGGACAUACACGAAGAUUGGACAAUCAUCCAAAUGAUGUGCAGCCAACUUCUGAACACAGCUCCGUCACCAAGACGAGCCCCGUUCAUGGCCGACAUCAGGAAACGCAACCCCACUUUCGGCACCAGCAUGCUGCUCAUCAACAGUCCGAUGACACCCAAAGUGAUGAACGGAAGUUACGUGGCCCUCUUCGAGAAUGGGGACAACCUCAAAGAGCUUCUGGACAGAAACGGGGCCUUGAGGAUCGCUUGCAAAGAUUCCCCUGUUCUCCAGAGAAGAGUCAAAGGGAUGGUUCCAGGAGGGAAGCAGUACAGCUUGGAUACUCACAUCGACCUCAUGAUUGCUGCCAAUUCUACAAAGAAGAAGAAUUCUCCGAGGAAUAGCGUGACGUCCGUUGGUGAUUCGACUCUAGAGGAAGACUUCGAAGAAGAAGAAGAUUUAAGCGAAGAAGAUGUAGCGAGAUGUGAUAAGUGUGGGCAAAAGAUCCGUUAGCGCCUUCUCCCUCUGCAUUGCAUUUAUUUUGCUGCUCGUGAGAAUCCACUUCCUGCUUCGUGGAUAUAUUUUAAUGUUGUUCAAAUAAUGAAAUUUUGAAGAAAAUUUUGUUUUUAACAUUUAUGGGGCCACAAACCUUGUUUAUGCUUAUACAAAUAGUUAGUGAGAUCAAUUUUGUUUUAUUUUGACUUAUGAUCGGUAUUAUGCAAAGUGUAAAACGUGUCAAUAUUUUUAUUUCGUAACAAAAAUCUUAAUAUUCUUACAAAUAUACUCUUUAUCGUGUCUAAACAGCUACUCCGAUCAAACUGCUUAUUUUCUCAUGUAAAAUGCUCUCGAACACUAAAAUGUCAAGACCAAAAAGCAAUUAUUUCAUUAUUUUAAAGGAAAACGUUGUUUGAAAACUAAAUGUUUGCAUGUCAAUGCUUCCCCUAAAUAAAACAUCA